CUCUUCUGUUCGGACCGGUCACUUCCCCGAAGUCCCAAGCGCAGUCUUGCAGUUUUUAAGAACUGCUUUCCCUCUUGAAGUUGCUUGACCGUGCCAGCAAGCGAAAGCAUUUUGGGGGGGCAUUUUUUUUUUAGGGACUGUAGUCGUGGGUGAGGCUUCUGUCUUUAAGCGCAACCUGCUUAAGGACCUCCAUCCUCGCUGAUUCCUUAGAAAGUGGACUGCUUUCGACAGGUCCUUCGUGGAGCUAGGGCUUGCUUUCUCUUCCCCCGUGGUUUCCAACUCGUGAGCCAGCCCAGCCAUGGUGAUGUUUAAGAAGAUCAAGUCCUUCGAGGUGGUCUUUAACGACCCUGAGAAGGUGUACGGCAGUGGGGAGAAGGUGGCCGGCCGGGUGGUCGUGGAGGUGUGCGAGGUGACCCGCGUCAAAGCGGUCAGGGUCCUGGCGUGCGGAGUGGCCAAAGUCCUCUGGCAGCAGGGCUCGCAGCAGUGCAAACAGACCUUGGAGUACCUGCGCUACGAGGACACGCUGCUCCUGGACGACCAGCCCACGGGUGAGAGUGAGAUGGUGAUCAUGAGACCUGGAAACAAAUACGAGUACAAGUUCGGCUUUGAGCUUCCUAAGGGGCCUCUGGGAACAUCGUUCAAAGGAAAGUAUGGGUGUGUCGAUUACUGGGUGAAGGCUUUUCUUGAUCGUCCCAGCCAGCCAACCCAAGAGAUCAAGCAAACCUUUGAAGUGAUGGACCUGGUGGACGUCAGUACCCCUGAUCUGAUGGCACCUGUAUCUGCUAAAAAGGAGAAGAAAGUUUCCUGUAUGUUCAUUCCUGAUGGGCGGGUGUCUGUCUCUGCUCGAAUUGACAGAAAAGGAUUCUGUGAAGGCGAUGAGAUUUCCAUCCACGCCGACUUUGAGAACACGUGUUCCCGAAUUGUGGUCCCGAAAGCUGCCAUUGUAGCCCGGCACACUUACCUUGCCAACGGCCAGACCAAGGUGCUGACGCAGAAGCUGUCAUCCGUCAGAGGCAAUCAUAUUAUCUCAGGCACGUGUGCUUCAUGGCGUGGCAAAAGCCUGCGGGUGCAGAAGAUCAGACCUUCUAUUCUGGGCUGCAAAAUCCUCCGCGUGGAAUACUCCUUACUGAUCUAUGUUAGUGUUCCCGGCUCCAAGAAGGUCAUCCUUGACCUGCCCCUCGUCAUUGGCAGCAGGUCUGGUCUGAGCAGCCGAACCUCUAGCAUGGCCAGCAGAACCAGUUCAGAGAUGAGUUGGGUCGAUCUGAACAUCCCAGAUACCCCAGACGCUCCUCCUUGCUAUAUGGACAUCAUUCCUGAAGAUCACCGCUUAGAGAGCCCCACCACCCCGCUGCUGGAUGACAUGGAUGGCUCUCAAGACAGCCCGAUUUUUAUGUAUGCUCCUGAGUUCCAAUUCAUGCCACCGCCACCUACUUACGCCGAGGUGGACCCCUGCAUUCUCAACAACAAUGUGCAGUGAGCGAGUGAAAGAAAAGAAGCGACUGUGCCUGCUUGUUUCUUUCUAACUCCGUGGACUCUCAUGCUUUCAGAGACGUGAUCGUCUCUGCAGUGGGGUAGGGGGCCACCCCAGCCGCUCACGGUCAUCUCCUGGCCUUAGCAGUGUGGACUCGACCUUCACCGGCGCCGAUGUUGUGAUAGAGGGCUGUUUGAUGGAUGGGUUUGAAACCACACUAGGGAAAUGCAGGCCUGCCUGAUUUUCUGAGAUCACCUUGAUUUUCACUAGUCUUGAGUCAAGGGUAGAAACAGCUUCCUGACAGUCUUCCCAGCGUUUUUGUGGAGGAGAUGUUAAACAAGACCAGACUUUGAACCUCUUUGCCAUGUACAGCAGAGUUGACUUAGCAAACUAGAAAAAGGGGGACUUGGGAGUGUGAGUGGAGGGGUAUUGUGGCCAAAACCUUGGGAAAGGGGGUUCUUAAAAAUCAGUGUUAACCCUUUAUAUGCUUAAUUGUAGAAGAAGUAGAAAAGCAAACACCCAGGGCUGCCCCGGGUCAGGGUUCAGAGCUUUUCUUGUGCAUUAGGGGAAGACGCUGUAAGUGGUUAGUAUUCAGAAUGUACUCUGUAACCUGGCCUCAAGCUGCAGUGAUAUCCCACCAAGUCUUAAAAGCCGUUUUUAAGUUUCUUGCACUUUGUUCUCCUGUUGCAAACAUUUUCUUGAGGGAGGAUGUGUUUUUCUUUUCCGCGUGACUCCUUAGACUUGAUUCUAAGGUGACGCUAGCACUUUAGUACCUGUGAGUCUCCUUCUCUAUCUCUAAUGUCAGCUCCGUAUAGUCCACCAUAUGUCUGGAAGCAAGCACAAUGAUAACACCAAAAAGAGUGUUACUCUGAACUACUUUUGAUACUCUUGUUCCAGUGUACAGAACUAUGCAAUUGUGACACGCGAAUCAUAUGAGAGUGGUUGCUGCUGCCAGCCUUGCCCACUGUGACGUUUCUAAACCCAAGCAGAGACUAGAUUAAGAUGCCCAAACACUGUGAUCAGAGCCUCUGGAUGCAUCUGGGAAAACUAGAGGGCGGGUCUUCCCGAAGGCCCCUGGGCCCCUUUCCUGCCCAGUGUUGGAGCUGGGAUGCUGCCUGCCCCCCCACUGCAGCACUUGGUCAUCCCCACAGUCACAGCACUUUGUUCACUGCCCGACAUUAGAGCACUGAACCUUUCUUUCCCUGAGAAUUCUGCAGCUAGAAAAUAUGUGGGCCGAAGGUGAUUUUUGUUGUUUUUUAAAAUUGUAUAUCUUUUUGUAUGAUUAAAAACUAUAUUUUGUACUUAACCAGAUAUAUUUUCACUUCAAAUGGGGAUAUUCUUUGUUAAAAAAUAAAAGUUUUUUAAUGGUA